ACGACGUUGUUCUCGCUCGUGGUGGGUUUUCUCUACAGUUCUCUACAUUAUCCGAAUAUUGUCGCAGUGAAACCGUCGCGAUCGAAAUUCCUAAUAUGGCCAGUGAGAAAAAACCGGCGAAGACGCCGUCAAAACGAGAGAAAACCGCCGAAGAAAUACUGACGGAGUUCCAGUCGCUCCGAAAUGAGCAGAGAAUGCUGGCAAACAAACUGUCCGAGAUGGAAAUGGAAUUGAACGAACACAAAAUCGUUAUUGACACGUUAAAGAACGUGGAUCCCAAGAGGAAGUGCUACAGGAUGAUCGGUGGACUUCUGUGCGAACGCACAGUGGAAGAUGUGAUGCCUGCUCUGGUAACGAACAAAGAACAGUUGAUGAAAGUGAUAGACGCUUUAAACGACCAAGUGACAAAAAAAGGAAUCGAGAUAAACGAGUACAAGGAAAAGCACAACAUCAGAAUCAGAGGACAGGAUGAUUUGCAGCAGCAAGAAGAGGACAACAACAAUAAAGAAGACAAGAGAAAGGCGAUUGUUGUGAAUCCUAUUGAGAUUUAAGCGUAUUAAUUAUAAGUUUUUUAAAUUCUACAUAUUUUAAGGCAUAUUGAAAUGUGCGUGAAUCCUUGGUUGGAUAAGUACUUGACUUUUGAGUUCACUUUUAAAUUAGCUUCCAUGUUUAUUUAUUGUGCUGUCUUGCAUAUGCCGCACUGCUUUGUGACGUCAUAUAGCUAGGCGUUUGUUUCACAAGUGUAUUCAACCAAAAAAAAAUUUUAAUGUUAUAAAAAUUAGGUUCUUACAAUUCUCUGCAAUUAGGUCUCUUGACUACUUGUAUCUUUGCAUCAAAAGUCAAAUAAUAACAUAACGUUCAUACAUUUGUCC